UUUGUUGAUGUGUCAUAUCAGAGUGACUUGUUGGGUGAUCAGCUGGUUAAACAGGGUGCUUCAAGUUCAGUCUUUUCCUAGAUUCUUCUGAAAGAAACACACCAUGGAUUUGUGGCAUUUGAUUUAAAUAAGUGAGGGACCAUUGAACUGCCAGGUCCUGCUGCAGAUUCGCAGAUGAUGGAAGGAUCAGAGGUUAAGCCAGUGUCAGAGGGAUCACAUUCAGAAGAUCAGCAAUACAACUGCACAUCUAAUGUCAUAGAGGAGAAACAAAUUUUUCAAAAAAGUACACACGAAGCAGAAAUAUGCAGUCAGGUGAAAGAUGAAUUACAGCUUGACAAUGAAUUAAUUACGACUACAGCAGAUGUUGAGACGGAUUCCAGUGCAGAGGAGGAAGCUCAAACAUGUAGUCAGGAAGAUUUACAUGAGAGUGAACUGGCAGGCGCUGAAACCAGGUAUAAUAGUAUAGUUUCCAGUGUAAAUGAAAAGCCGCCAAUUAGUCUCUCAAAUGAGGCUGCUUCCGUUGUGGCGAUCCAUAAAACUGUAGUAGAAAGCUCUUCCUCUGUUCUUGAAGCGACAGUAGAGACCUCAUUGACUUUUGAUGCAGCUGCUCCAAACAACUGUGAGCAGCCAUUAAUCCAGGUUGCCAAUCAUGGUUCAGCUGAGACUCUAUCAUCCUCUGUCCAAAGAAGUUCCAAACACUCACCUACCGACCUUUCAACGACCUCUGGGAUCUCUAAUGGCCCCUCCACUCCGAGCUCUGACACGGUCAGCUCUUCGCCUGCUUCCAGCCCUCAAACCAGUGCCAACAUUUUGGUCUCCUCACAUUCCUCGCCAAGCCCUUAUGACACUGACUGCAGCCGAAAGCUUAUUUCUCAGAUACACCGCUCACUGUCGCAAGAGUCUCUGCUGCUGGAUGAGCUAGAAUCUGAGCUCUUUGAUUGUCAACUGCCUGAAGGGGGCCAGAGAAAAGGGAGCCCACCUGUGAAUGGACUCCCUGCAAACCAGGAGGACUGUAUGGCGGUCUUUGAGAAGCAUGUGCAGUACAAAUAUACACAGCAGGAGAAAGCUAUUCAGAGGUUGCUCGAGGAGAACAAGAGGCAUCAGGAGCUGAUUCUUGGGAUCUGCUCAGAAAAAGACAACAUGAAGGAAGAGCUGAAGAAGAGAGCAGAAACAGAAAAGCAACACAUGACCACCAUUAAAAAGUUAGAGGGCAGGGUGGAGGAGCUGCUGAAAGAGCUGAAAGAGUCGCGAGAUAAGUUAAUCCACCAGGAGCAGACAGCUAAGGCUGCCCUGCAGCAGAUGCAGAGGGAGACAUCCUACCGGAUAGAACAGGUCAACAAGAAGUGUGAUGAGGCGCGUCAAGAAAAGGAGGCCAUGGUGAUGAAAUAUGUGCGGGGGGAGAAAGAGGCCCUUGACCUGAGGCGGGAUAAGGAGGGUUUGGAAAAGAGGCUGAGGGAAGCUGUUAAAGAAGUGGACCGCCAGGCUCUCCGAGGAAACCAGCUUGCUCAGGAGAAGGGACGACUGCAACAGCUAUAUGAUGCUAAGGAAGGUGAGGUUGGCAGAUUUACACGUGAAGUGGAAAAGUUGAAGGAGGAGAUCAAUUCCCAUCUUAUCAAAGUCAAAUGGGCCCAGAACAAACUGAAGAGUGAAGCAGAUGCUCAUAAGGAAACUAAAGACAAACUGAGAGAAACAACAUCCAAGCUGGCUCAGGCCAAAGAGGAGACCGAACAGAUCCGCAAGAAUUGCCAGGAUAUGAUCCGAACCUACCAGGAAUCAGAGGAGCUCCGAUCCAACGAGCUGGAUGCUAAACUGAGAGAGACCAAAGGCGAGCUGGAGAAACACAAGCAAGAACAAACAGACCAGUUAGAGGUUCAUCGUGUGAAGGCCAAGGAGCUGGAUGACCUGAAGAAGAGUUACAAAGAAAGCAUGGAUGAGCUUGAAACUCUUCGCACCAAGUUAAAGUGUCUAGAGGACGAGCGUCCAAGAUGGGAGGACGAGCUGACCAAAUACAGGGAGAUCAUAAACCGGCAGAAAGCUGAGAUUGGCCGCCAGAGAGAAAAGCUUGAAGAGGUCACUGCGCUUCAGGAGCAGCAUCAACGUGACAAGCAAGAGAUUUCAUCUCUUCAAGAGGAAGGAGAUGGCCUGACCAAUCAGAUGGCUGACCUGCAGCGUGACGUUCAAGGCAGCAGGGAGCGGGAAGCAGAGUUACUGGGUUUCACCGAGAAGCUGAGCACCAAGAACGCACAGCUGCAGUCGGAGAGCAAUGCUCUACAGUCUCAGGUGGAUCAGCUUAACAACAGCUUCACAGAGCUGCAAGCAAAGCUGGAAGAGACCAGCAGGCUACUAGAUGACAAGUCGCGGCAGCUGAAACAGGAAGAGGUGCUGAGGCAGCAGGAGGUGCAAGAUCUGCAAGAGGAGCGGGCAGCACUGCAGACCGAGGUGGCCAAACUAAAAACCAGAGUAGAGGAGCUGAGAGAUGAACUGGUGACUCAGAAAAGGAAGCAAGCAGCUAAUAUUAAGGACCUUACAAAACAACUAACACAAGCCCAUAAGAGGCUGGAACAUGUUGAGAAUGGAGGCUGUGACCGGGAUGCCAGCAGUAUGGGCAGUCGCUCCAGUUCCUCAGGUACUGCUCUGAGAGUUGGCUCCUUGAAUGCACGCCACGGAGGGAACAGUGGUGUUGAAGAGCGCUCUCCAGAGAGCCAGUCGGGUCCUUCCGUGAUGGUGGUGGACAGCUUCCCAGAGGUGGACAAGGCUGUGCUUGUGGAACGUAUUGUCCGUCUGCAAAAGGCCUUAGCACGAAAGCAGGAAAAAAUCGAGUUCAUGGAGGAUCAUAUCAAGCAGCUGGUGGAAGAGAUCCGCAAAAAGACAAAAAUUAUCCAGAGCUAUGUGCUAAGAGAGGAGUCAGGGGCCCUCUCAUCAGAGGCGUCAGACAUUAACAAGGCCCACCUCAGCCGGCGGGGGGGCAUCAUGGCUUCACUUUACACCUCCCACCCAGCGGACAGCGGGCUGACCCUGGACCUGUCGCUAGAGAUUAACAGGAAGCUGCAGGCCGUAUUGGAGGACACGCUGCUGAAGAACAUCACUUUGAAGGAGAAUCUGCAGACGCUGGGGGGAGAGAUUGAAAAGCUUAUAAAGCAGCAGAGGAAUUCUUAGGAUGGAGUCGGGAGGAAAUGACGUGAUCGUGUCAACGAAAAGAGAAAGCGGAGGACCAAGUACUACUAGAGAAAUCUUGAGCUUUCACUUAUUUUUGCUACACAUGAAGGAGCAAAUGGUAUGUUGUAAGUGCCAGUGGGACAUGAGACCCAUUUAUCUUUUUCUGUCCAUUCGGGGGAGCUUACUUGAAUCAUUAUUCCAUCCACAUUGUACCAUACUCUCAAUUAUUGCCUCUGACACACUAAAUCUUCCUCUGGCUCACAUCUGUUUCCCAUUGCCAAGAGACGUCUUCAGGCCAGUUGCUUCAAACUAGAACAGACUUGUAAAAAAAAAAAAUAAGUAAAUAAAAUACUGACUGGAUGCCAUUUUUGUGAAUGUUUAGCAAAUUUUACUUGGAAAGUAGUUGGAAAAUCUCCACUUUAAUUUGCCAGUGAACCCAUUCUGUUAGGAAACACAUGAAUGAAUAAAUAAAAACACAGUAAAUUGACUGAGAUGAUCGUUGCCAGCAUCUCUCUACUCAUCCCCUGAAGUCCAUCUCCCAAUAAACCAGAUGUAUUUUGCGAAGGACUGAUUCUUCGGCUGGACUGGACACAACUCCAUGAAUAAAGCAGAAGUAAAAAAAACAGAUCAGCUCGGGCUUGAGGGGAGCUUGCUUGCCACUGGUGCAUUUUCUAUGAUUUCUUUUGCUCUGCACAGCACUUAUGACCAAGCUGGUGGAGCAAAGUGGCUCUCAUCAGCAGAUCCACCCAUCUGUGUGACACAGGUGCUCGGCCUCAGGAAGCAUCUUUGUGACGUUUCCUGCAGCCAACGACAUCAGCGUGGAAGUAUCCUGCUCUUGAGCGGCGUUGCAUUUAAAUUAAUCUAUGAUAAAUAAUAUCAUGUGAAGGUUAAAGUUGAAUGUAGUUUUUUUUCUAUAAGUUUGUUUAAUAUACAGUUUUUAUUUUAGUAUGUUUGAUUUAGAUUUAUUUUUUAUGAUUAUGUUUUUUCAUAUAAGAAAUAUUUUUUCUCUUUAGUCUUCAUUUAGAAACAAUAUCUCAAAACAUUUUAGUAUUUUCCUCACUGAAAUCUGGCCUGUUCUAAUGUUUGGGCAUUGCAUUGGUACCACACGGUUCCCUUAAAGGUGGUUUGUGGCAUUAUUAGCAUUCCUUGUUUCAAACAGUCGACGCAGAGAUGCUUCCAGUGCGUUGAUGGUUUUUGCACCAUGUGCAUGAUAUGAUUUGUUGGACAAAGAGACUAAAAUGUUGACGUAUUCUUCUACACAUCUCUUUAUUAUAAUUUAUUUGUAGCAUCACAGAGUCCAUUGAGGUAAAUCAAGUGUAGAAGAAUCAAAGGGAGAGCAGGAGAUCUGUAGCUGUAGCUCAGGAAAGCUGCAGAAAUCUAUCCAGGGACAAAGUGCAAUGCUGUUCUGCUCCUUGUUUUAAUUUCCUUUGUUCUGAAUGUGUCUGUGUGCCAGUAUGUUCUUUUUUUUGUUUGUUUUUUUGUUUGUUUGUUUGUUUUUUGUUUUUUUUGUUUUUUUUGUGCAACAUGCAACUGCUGGUGUUUUGAAGAUGUAAAAUUGUGCGUGUGCAUGGCUGCAUGUGUGCCUUUUUUAAACCUCUUGAGCUUGUGUACAUGCUUCAGCUGUCCGAGCUUGUUUGCUCCACACCUCCACACUAGACUGACCACCAAGCCCAUUCUUUCCAUGGGAUUUCCAUUUAUACCAGACUCUCUCAGCCACAUGUACAUGUACACACAUGUACACUCAGUACGUUUCAGCGAUACAGGAUAAUGCAUUAGUCCCUGAUUGACAGAUAUUGGUCUAUCAUAAUAGCACACACUCAGCCAAACACUGAAGAUUGGACCUUAGAGAGCUUCUCAUCUUCACAAUGCCAAAGUUUCCUUUUUAUUUCAUUUGAUCUGAUUGCAGAAGCCGUCACAAACGAUGAGCUUCCAUCUCCAUAAUAUCUGCAGUCAGAAGCAAGCUUUUAUGGGUAUGAGUGGUAGCAGGACAAUCCCCUCGCCAUUCACCCCAAGGCUGCACAGAAAUGGAGCGCUACAUGAAUAAAGAUUAAAGUCUCCAUUUUUGAGGUCACAGAAACCUUUUAGCCUCUCUGUUGCAGCAGUGAGUGCUCUGCAUUUGCCGAAACUCAACUCUUAUAACAUCUGAAAUGACUUCUUUACAACAUGGGAUUAAUAUGUAAACCUAAAGGCAGAAAACCUGGACCUUAGGUCUUGGUGGUCCCUCGUACUGAAGUGAAAAUUCUGCAGUACAUUUAGGUUCCUACAUAUGUAAAGCUACUUGGUUAUUUAAAAUAUUAACUUAAUUAAACAAUUGGGUGCUUUGUUGCUGAACAGAUUUUUUAUGGUCUGGUGUAGAAACAAAUUACAGCCUAUGCAAUAGACUGGCAUCAGAUAUCCUAAUUAAGUCACCCAUAAUUCUCUAAGGCAUGCUAAUACGCUUCUCAGAGUUGGUCACGGCGCGUCACAGGAAUCAGACUGAGAACUUGCUGAUCCAAGAUUUUCCGCAUUUUAGCAGCCUUGAAAUGAAGCCACGCUUGCAGCAUUGUGUGGUUGAAUGAAAUAAAACCGUAUGUUUCAUGAUAUAAAUGAAGAAGAGGUGUUCACUAUGUGCGAGUGCCGAUCUGUAUAAAUGAAAUGAGAAUGUCUUUUUUUUCUGGCCGUGCAAUGGUUCUUUGCCCUGUUUUGUGAAAUCUUCAAACUGUGAUUAUAAUAUGCAUUUGUAGAUAUGAUGUCUGUAAAGUUGAGAUUUUUUUUUUUCUAGAAAAAAAAAGAUUAAGGAUGAUGUCUGUAUAUAUGGUGUUUUCAGGUAAUAAAAGAGUCUUACCUUGA